UGUGCUGUGAUGGUGGCGGCUGAGGUAGUGGUGGGCGAGAGGUCAGGGCAGAGGUCUGCCUGGCGUGUGGGAUUGUGUGUGUGUGUGUACACCCGCGUGCAUGCUCACCUGCACGGAGCCAGUGUCAGUGUUAGAUGUGCCGUGACAAGAGGCGUGUGUGCCGCAGGGCUGCGUGGCUGCUGUCGUUCUGGGGAGGUGGCUGUGACACGCCGAGUCCCUUCUGGCUCUUGCCCUCCUCACAUCCAGUGCCCUCCUCAAGCAAAGUCAGUGAUUCGGGGGUGCUGGGAGUCAUCCCUGGGGGAGGGAGAUUCUCACGCGCGCACACACACACACACACACACACACGCACACACUGUCCCCACUUCGGCUCAGUGGAAGUGACGAGCCUUCGGAGGGGGUUGGGGGCUCCUGGAGACCAAGGAGCGGGGAGGUGGUGCCUGGAAGAGGCCAGGGCCCCCUGGGGAGGGGGCACCCCUGCCCUGAUUUCCUAGCACCUGGAUUAACCCUUUCCUUGCUGUACCCCCAGCACCCCAGGCUCCUCCCUGGGGCUCUGCACAGCUUCUCGUCUUGGGCAGAUUCUGGUUCCACUGGCGGAAGUCGCCAAGCCUGGCCCUCCCCGCAGACCUUCCUGUUUAUGGUGCUGUGUCUGUGUGUACCCGGGAGCGUGGCCUCACGUGGUCAGAGGCCCUUUCCUGUCUCGUCUUGAUCACUAUGGUGGUGUGCUUGCUCCGGAUGAGGAAACUGAGGCCAGAGAGGAGGAAGUGCUUGCCCCGAAGGCCUGAGGGGGCAGAGCCCAGUAGGAGCCAGCUGCCGUCUCCCGCUGGGGCCCCUCCUUCUCUGCUGAGACCCGGGAUCCCAGAGCUGCCUAGUCACUUGGGCCUCCAGCCUGGGUGUCUGGGCCUGGCAGGACCAGGCCGGCAGAGGAGAGGCAAGCAGCCCCCCGCUGUGCCCCGAGCUCAGUCCCAGAUGCUAACCGGCUGCUCAGCAUCUAAGUGACAGCAUGUCGGGUGCAUCGCUCUGUGGAACCUUCACAAUAACCCGAGUGACGUUCAUCUUCACCGACAGCCUGGAUGAAGGCCUCCAGGAGAGACUGGGGCCCCACCUCGUGGUCACCAACUGCUCUGCGGAGCACAGCCACCCUGCCCUGUCCUGCAAGAUGGCUGCUGAGUUUGAUGCCUUCUUGGCCAGCGGACUGAGGUGGUUCUGUCAUGUGGAUGACGACAACUAUCUGAACCCGAGGGCGCUGCUGAAGCUGCUAAAAACCUUCCCGUGGACCCGCGACGUCUACAUCGGCCGGCCCAGCCUGAACCGGCCUAUCCACGCUUCUGAGCCGCAGCCGAACAACCGCACGAGGCUGGUACAGUUCUGGUUUGCCACCGGGGGCGCCGGCUUCUGCAUCAACCGCAAACUGGCUUUGAAGAUGGCCCCAUGGGCCAGUGGCCCCCGCUUCGUGGACACAUCUGCCCUCAUCCGGCUGCCUGACGACUGCACUGUGGGCUACAUCGUCGAGUGCAAGCUGGGCGGCCACCUGCAGCCCAGCCCUCUCUUCCACUCCCACCUGGAGACCCUGCAGCUGCUGGGGGCUGCCCAGCUCCCAAAGCAGGUCACCCUCAGCUAUGGCGUCUUUGAGGGGAAACUCAACGUCAUUAAGCUCCAUGGCCCCUUCUCCCCUGAGGAGGACUCCUCCAGGUUUCGCUCCCUCCAUUGUCUACUCUACCCGGAUACUCCCUGGUGCCCACAGCUGGUGGCCCGAUGAACCCUGAACCUCCGGGCAAAGGUUGAGCUGAAGCCUUUGGUUGCCCUUAGCCUCCCAGGCAGCCUUGAGGGCCCGUGGCAGUUCCUGUGUGGGCAGCAGUCCCUGGCAGGGCCUCUGUGGUGGGCAGGCCCAGGAUUGGAUGGUGGCUGGCGGUAAAGGCAUCCCAAGCCCCUGGGAGGUGGGCUGGACAGCCCAGGACCAGGUGCACCGUGUGAGGGCCAGAGAGGCCUCAGGGGCUGGACUUCAUGGGCCUUGGGUGGCUGAACUGAACAAGGGUAGGGGUCCUUGAGCUGCUCGGGCUCAGGAGUCCUAACUCUCCAGAGAAUUACAUGGGUCCCUUGGUGUGGUCAGAGCCCCCACCUCUGGUCCCUCAGUUACUCUCCCGGGGUCAAGCGCUGGGCCACCCACUCCUGGCUUCCUCGGCUGGAUCCCCAACCACCGAGGGGACGCAGGUGGAAGAAGGGCAGAAUCCAGGGUCUGCGGCAGACACUGUUAUUGCUGACCAGUCUCCGGUCCCUGCUCCCCACCCGAUUCUGUCUGGAGCAUCUGCAUGUCCAGACCCAGAUGAUGAAUCAGAAUGGGUCCUAGCCAAUCACGAUGAUCCUUUUGCUCACUUUCCCAGCUUCCCUUUCUGUUAGGAGCUACUAUAUGACUCAGCUCUGGCCAGAGCCAGAGCUCUGUCUGUUAGUGCAAAUAAAGCAAAGCCAAUAGAGAGGCUUCUGGGGAAGGUUUUGCAGCCCCAGACCCCAUCUUCCUGCUGUGAAUGUGGGUGUGAUGUCUGGGUCUAGGGCAGCCACCUUGCUACCAUGAAGGAAAGGCCAAGACAAUCAUCCACAGCUGCCCCUUCCAACAUCUGGUUGUGUAAGAAUAUUAAACCCUUAUUGGUUUAA